UGUGCAGUUCCUCCUGGUUUCACAGCGAGAGCAUCAGGCAGCAUGACCUCACAGCGAUGGAUGCUGGCAUUCUGCUUUUCACUGGCCUCAGUUUUAAGCCCAGGGGAAUCGGUGACAACAUCAGAAGCUAAGAAAUACACUUGCAGGACAUUUGGCAGCGGGGUCGUCCAGCCUUUCAGCGGUUCAAGUUUCUAUGUUCGCUCCAACUGCCCAUUCACCCUAACCCGUUUCACCCACAACCGGGUGGAAUGUGAUAUCACCACACGGCGUGGUGACAACGGGCUGCUGGUCCAUGUUGAGAUCAUAAUCAACAAAGUCAGGACUGUUGUGCAGAAUGGGAGCAUCCUGGUGGAGAAGAAAAGUGUUUCCCUUCCAUACGACCACACCUACCAGCACAUCUUUCACUACGGCAUCUACACUAAACUGAAGAGCUUGCUGCUCCCUCUGUCUGUCACCUGGCACAAUGUACCGGGAGGAAUAGACUCUUUGCGGGUGGAGCUAGAGCAGGAGCUGAGCACCGACAUGACUGGACUGUGUGGAAACAACGUCCCAGGUGACAAGAAGCAGUUGAUUAAGGAGAGCGUCCUUCCUGAGGACACAUGUCAAACCCGAGAUCCUGUGUCCACUCUGAAUCCAGUAUGCCAGCAGUUUGUUUCCAACACCUUCGAAUGUCUGCAAGGCAUGGCACCUCAAUAUAAUACCCUCUGUGAAGAGAACAUUUACGGCUAUGAAAUGAGCAAAUACAUCGGCUGUGCUUUCUUCAGUGAAGUUGUCCAACAGUGUGGAAACAACAGCUACAUCUGGAAUAUAUGGAGAAGUUUAACCAAAUGUGCGGAACCAAGUUGUUCAGGAGACCUGGUUUAUGUGGAACAGGGCGCGGCCUUUGUUCCCAGCUGCUCAAAUCCAAACCCUGGAUUCUCCAAACAAGAACUCACCAGCUCCUGUGUCUGCCCAGAGGGCAAGGUGCUUAAUGAUCACGCAGAUGGCUUCAGCUGUGUGAGUGUGUCCAGCUGCCCCUGUGUCUUUGCUGGUAGGAGAUACUCACCCGGAGACGUGCGCACAUCCAAGUGUCAGUCAUGUAUGUGUGACAGUGGGAAAUGGAAAUGCUCUGAAAACAACUGCCCCACCAGAUGUCUCAUUGAAGGGCAGUUUGUGAGAACAUUUGAUGGCAAACAAUAUGCCCUCCCCGGUAAAUGUACAUAUGUGGCUUCACAGGGUCUCAACUGGACGAUAACAAUCAAAUUUUCUGAUAAGGCACCCUUUCUGGAAACAGUCACUCUUCUGCUUUCUCAGGUACAAGACAUGUAUAUGUUUUCAGACAACAUGGUUAAAUUCGGAGAGGAGAAGAUCACUGAACUUCAUCAGUCUGAUCACGCUCUGGUUUUCUGGCAGUCCUCCAUGUAUGUCCAGGUCCACACAUCCUUUGGUAUGAAGAUCCAAGUCCAGAUGUCUCCUGAAAUCCAGCUGUACAUUACCCCACCCAGAAACCACACAGAGGCGAUCUCAGGUCUUUGUGGAAACGACAACAGUGACACCACAGACGACUUCACCACCAGCAGCAGGAUCAUCGAGAACUCGGCUCAACCUUUUGCUCAGUCCUGGAGUGUGGGUGACUGUCCGGUGAACAUACCCACCACCUGCAUCAACAAAGACAAUGAAAUAUUUGCUGAUGAAAAGUGCUCUGUGUUGAACAACCCAACUGGAGCAUUUGCUCCAUGCCAUGGUUAUAUCCCAAUUGAUCACUACCACACGGCUUGCAUCCAAAGAACAUGUAACUGUGGCAGCAGUCUGACGCAGUGCUUGUGUGUUGCCCUGGGCAGCUAUGCCAAAGCCUGUGCCAAUCUGGGUGUUGUAAUUGGUGACUGGAGGAGAGCCACCAACUGCACAUUGAAAUGUGAGAAGAACCAAGUAUUCUCCUACAACAUGCAAGCCUGCAACCACACAUGCCGUUCCCUGUCUGGCCCUGACCCUCGCUGUGGGCUGGAAGACGCUCUUGUGGAGGGCUGUGGCUGUCCAGCGGGAACUCACCUGAACCAAGGAGACACCUGUUCCCCAAAGGCAGAGUGCAAUUGUCACUACUGCUAUGCCACAAUGAACUGUGAGAGUGGCUGUUACUGCCCAAAACAGUACGAAGAUCACCGUGGAAACUGUGUUUCUCUGCACAACUGCACCUGUGUGUACAGUGGCAAAGUAUUCAGUGCAGGACAGCAUGUCAAAACCAACUGUAAAACAUGUGUCUGUGGUCAGGGUCAGUGGGACUGCAAAGACGAGCCAUGUCCUGGGAAGUGUCAAGUUUACGGAAAUGGACACUACCAGACCUUUGACUCCAAAUGGUACCGCUAUGAUGGACAAUGUCAGUACACACUUGUAGAGGAUGACUGUGGAACUAGAAACGGCACCUUCUCUGUCAGAGUGGAGAGUGUCCCCUGCUGUGAUGAGGCGCUUACCUGCUCUCGCUCUAUCGUCCUCAACCUGCAGGGCAAGGUCACCCUGACACUGAGUGACAUGAAGGUGACCAGACGCCAUCAUGAAGGCUGGACUCUGCAGGACCAUUCACUUUACUCCACACACACUGUGGGACUCUACAUCAUAAUCUCAGUGCCAAGCAGAGGGAUAACUCUCAUCUGGGACAAACACACCCGGAUCACCAUAGAGCUGCAUGAAAACUGGAGGAACAGAGUGUGCGGCCUCUGUGGGAAUUUUGACUUCAACGAGAUGAAUGACCUACAGAUAAGUGGCUCAGCAGUGGUGUCCAGUCCCCUGGCAUUUGGUAACAGCUGGAAAGCCGCCACACCCCCUUGCUCUGAUGUGACCAAAGAGAUAUUUCCAUGUGACCGCAACUCUUACUGCUUAGCCUGGGCCCAGCGGCGCUGUAUGAUCAUUACAGGAGACACAUUCAAAGAUUGCCACUUAAAAGGGGAGCCACACCCCUACUACAACUCUUUGUGGGGGGCCCCUUAAGAGACCUGUGAGUUUGAAGGAAAGUUUCUGGGCUUCUGCACAGCUGUGGCAGCCUACGCAGAGGCCUGCAGCGACCACAAUGUGUGUGUAAAAUGGAGGACACCUGAUUUGUGCCCCGUCUACUGUGACUUCUACAACGAGCAAGGCCAGUGUAGCUGGCACUAUGAAGCAUGUGGUGAGAUGCUAACCUGUGGCAAAGACAACUACAUCAAUCACAAGUUGGAAGGUUGCUACCCCAGAUGUUCAAAAGAAGUGCCAUACUAUGAUGAAAAUACUGGUGAAUGCACUAAAUUGAGGAACUGCACCUGUUAUUUUAAUGACACUGUCAUUCAGCCUGGGGCAGCGGUGAUGAUACACUCUAUAAAGUGCCGCUGUGAAAAUGGAUCAAUAAAAUGUCAACCUACCACCACUCCCACCACUACACCUACCACCACUACACCUACCACCACUACAUCUACCGACACUACACCUACCACCACUACACCUACCACCACUACAUCUACCGACACUACACCUACCACCACUACAUCUACCGACACUACAUCUACCACCACUCCCACCAUUACACCUAGCACCACUACACCUACCACCACUUCCACCACUACUACACCUACCACCACUCCCACCACUACACCUACCACCACUACAGCUACCACCACUACACCUUACAUCACUACACCUACCACCACUACCACCACUACACCUUACACCACUACACCUACCACCACUACACCUAGCACCACUACACCUACCACCACUACACCUUACACCACUACACCUACCACCACUACAACUACCACCACUACCACUACUACACCUACCACCACUCCCACCACUACAACUACCGACACUACACCUACCACCACUACACCUAGCACCACUACACCUACCACACACUACCCUAACUAACAACCUACCACCACUACCACUACUACACCUUCCACCCCACCUACCACCACUACACCUACCACCACUACACCUUCCACCACUACACCUACCACCACUACACCUUACACCACUACACCUACCGCCACUACACCUUCCACCACUACACCUACCACCACUACACCUUACACCACUACACCUACCACCACUUCCACCACUACUACACCUACCACCACUCCCACCACUACACCUACCACCACUACACCUUACACCACUACACCUACCACCACUACACCUAGCACCACUACACCUACCACCACUACACCUUACACCACUACCACCACUACACCUACCACCACUACCACUACUACACCUUCCACCACUCCCAUCACUACACCUACCACCACUACACCUUACACCACUACACCUACCACCACUACACCUUACACCACUACACCUACCACCACUACCACCACUACACCUUACACCACUACACCCACCACCACUACCACUACUACACCUACCACCACUCCCACCACUACACCUACCACCACUACACCUAACACCACCACCACUACCACUACUACACCUACCACCACUCCCACCACUACACCUACCACCACUACACCUUACACCACUACACCUACCACCACUACCACUACUACACCUACCACCACUCCCACCACUACACCUACCACCACUACACCUUACACCACUACACCUACCACCACUACACCUACCACCACUACACCUUACACCACUACACCUACCACCACUACAACUACCACACUACACCUACCACCACUACACCUACACCACUACACCUACCACCACUCCCACCACUACACCUACCAUCACUCCCACCACUACACCUACCAUCACUACCACCACUACACCUUCCACCACUACACCUACCACCACUACACCUACCACCACUACACCUACCACCACUACACCUACCACCACUACACCUACACCACUACACCUACCACCACUACCACCACUACACCUUACACCACUACACCUACCACCACUACACCUACCACCACUACCACUACUACACCUACCACCACUCCCACCACUACACCUACCACCACUACACCUACCACCACUACACCUUACACCACUACACCUAGCACCACUACACCUACCACCACUACAUCUUACACCACUACACCUACCACCACUACCACCACUACACCUUACACCACUACACCUACCACCACUACCACCACUACACCUUACACCACUACACCUACCACCACUACCACUACUACACCUACCACCACUCCCACCACUACACCUACCACCACUACACCUUACACCACUACACCUACCACCACUACACCUACCACCCCUACAACUACCACCACUACACCUUACACCACUACACCUACCACCACUACACCUACCACCACUAUACCUUACACCACUACACCUACCACCACUACACCUUACACCACUACACCUACCACCACUACACCUACCACCACUACACUUACACCCAUCACCAACCCUACUCCCACUACAAGCAACCCAUCAUCCUCUCCACAAGUGUGUAUGUGUGAAGACCUCAAGAAGAAAAAACAGUGGAAUUGUGGUGAGACAUGGACAGAGGACUGCUUUCAUAAAAAGUGUACAGAUGGGAAGAUAGAGUUGACUUCGGUGGUUUGUCCAAAUUCUUCAAUUCCAAACUGCCCCAGAGGCCAGCGCACAAGAGUCUCAGAUGGAUGCUGUGAAACAUGGAAGUGUGACUGUCGCUGUGAGCUAUAUGGAGAUCCCCACUACAUCUCUUUCCAAGGUGUAACCUUUGAUUUCCUGAACGAUUGCACCUACAUCCUGGUGGAGGAGCAGUCCCCACGUCAUAAUCUGACCAUUGCUGUGGACAACUUCUACUGUGUGCAGGGCCUCCAAGGCUCCUGUGCUAAAGGCAUCAUCCUGAAAUAUCAGAACAACAUAGCUACACUCAGUAUCCUUCCCGAUAUGUUUAAAGUACAGGCCACUCUGAACAACGUAACCAUUGAGCCGCCAUAUGAGGAGCAUGGGUUGAAGUUUGAGACCACGAGGUACAUAGUGUCAAUCUACAUCCCAGAGGUCCGCUCUUAUGUCUCCCUCAGUCCGUUUUAUACCCUGGUGGUCAGUCUGGCUAUGGAGCACUUCCUCAACAACACCCAGGGACAAUGUGGUGUAUGUGGUGGUGGAUCAUGCAUCCGUAAAGGAGGGCAGAUCGAGAAAGACAGCUGCUGUGAUAAGACGGCCUCUGACUGGGUGUAUGCUGACCCGCUGAAGCCAGCCUGUGCUUCUGCACCAAGGGACAUACCUUGUACCUAUGUACCCCCUACCCCAUCCCCUCCAACCCCCUGCACUGCGAGCAGACUAUGCGAUCUGCUAGACCACCCAGUCUUUUCAAAGUGCAGCAGGUACAUGAAUCUGACCGCUAAAAAGAAGAACUGUGAGUUUGAUUCAUGCAGAAAUGGUCCUUGCUCUUCACUAGAACAAGCUGUUGAUGAAUGCAAGAAGGCUGGUUUCUGUAUUGACUGGAGACGACUGACUGAUGGAGGCUGUGAUGUGACAUGUCCAAAAGGAUUGGCUUACAGAGAAUGUCAUAACAAGCUGGAUGACUUCUGCGAUGGAGGGAGAAAAUAUCCAGGAGCCUCCCUCGAGAAAAACGAGGCAGGCUGUUUUUGUCCUAGCGGCCUCUUCAGGGCAGGAAAUCACUCUGACAUCUGUGUGUCUGACUGUGCCUAUUGUAAAGGACCACUCGGUGAGCCCAAACUGCCUGGUGAGGUAUGGCAGUCCGGCUGUAAUAUGUGUACAUGCAACAACCAGACUCGCACAGAGAAGUGUGUUCCAAAACCUCCUGUGCCUGUUCCCUCCUGUAGCCCCAAUGCUGUGCUGGUAAACACCUCUUGCUGUGGUGAUCAGAUUUGUGUUGAGAAGACGUGCAGUUAUCAUGGAAAAACAUACAAGGUUGGAGACAGAUGGACGGAUGCUGCCCAUCCCUGCAUGUCAUAUAACUGCAGCAUAGAGGGUAUUCAGACUGAGACUAGAGUCUGUCCCACAGUAGAGUGUCAGGAGGAGGACAGAAUUUGGGAUGAUCAACACUGCUGCUUUACAUGUAACCAGAGGUGUGCUCCGAAGGUGACCAGUAUCAGUGUUACCGUAGACAACUGUACCACCGUCAUGCAGAUACCUGUGUGUCAGGGCCAAUGUGUGUCUCAGCCCAGUGUCGUGUUGUUACACAGUGAGCUGCAGGUGGAGCAGAAGUGCGUAUGCUGUCAGGAGUCGAGCUCAGAGAAGAGACCAGCGACUCUGCAGUGCUCUGACCGCACGAUCAGACCCUACACCUACAAGCACAUCACCAGCUGUGAGUGCCGAGCCUGCAGCAUACUGGGCUGAAAAGUACUGCCAGCUCAGACUGGAGGUAUCCUUUAGAUUUCCAAAUCAAAAUCUAAUGUAUUCAAAUUUAAUGGAUUACUAAUCGAAAAUCCCUCCAAUUGAACAUGCUUUUUUCUGUAUUUAAAGCAAUUACUACAUCUGUUUCCAAUCAAAUAAACCAAAUAUGCAUACAA